GGAUGAGGUCCGGAAUGCAGGUGAGGCGCCGGCAGCUGGGGUGCCCAACAGAAAAGAGCAAAGAGUUUUAUUCUAAUCGAGAAGGUCAUCCGGUGUUUAUGGAAGAUGAGGUGAUACCUACAGGUGGCAGGGAAAGGCAGAGUUGCUUCCAGUUUCUUUCCUUCUUUUCCAUAUGGGAAGGGCAGCCCAACCCCCUUUAAGAGGAUCUGGAAACCUCACACCGGGCUGAAGUGUUCAUGGCCCAAAUAGCAGGCCUCCUGGAGCAGCGAAAGCCUUUACAGCCCCUCUGAGCCACUCGAGAGGAGGGCAGAGCCAGCAGACUUCAAAAGGAGGAAACACUGAAUCCUGGCAACCCUCCAGAACGAAAUCUAAGAGAAGCUGGCUCAAGACCACCUGGGAAAGGAUUUACAAAUUCAACUUAUGCCAGACCAACUUCUUUCUCUUUUCUAGCAACCUACCAGGGCUGUAGAUUGGGGCAUGUGAUAGCCACUGUUUUUCAGCUCUGGGUUGUGGCUCAUUACUGUAAUGCUAUCAGUGUAGUGAGUUGCACCAGCUUUUUUUUUUUUUCUUCUUUUUUUAAACAAGAAAGGAAGAGAAAGCAUCAGAGGAGUGCAUUGGAUGUGCAAAGGUGGAAAUGUCUUCCCAGAGGUUAAUUUCUAACAGAACAUCCCAGCAAUCUACAUCUAAUUCUGAUUACACCUGGGAAUAUGAGUAUUAUGAGAUUGGACCUGUUUCCUUUGAAGGACUGAAGGCUCACAAAUAUUCCAUUGUAAUUGGAUUUUGGGUUGGUCUCGCGGUCUUCGUGAUUUUCAUGUUUUUUGUGCUGACCUUGCUGACCAAGACAGGAGCUCCACACCAAGACAAUGCAGAGUCUUCAGAGAAGAGAUUCCGAAUGAACAGCUUUGUGUCAGAUUUUGGAAGACCACUGGAGCCAGACAAGGUGUUUUCUCGACAGGGCAAUGAGGAAUCCAGGUCCCUCUUUCAUUGUUACAUUAAUGAAGUGGACCAGUUGGACAAGGCCAAAGCUUGUUUCCAGACCACGGCCCUCGAUAGUAAUGUUCAGCUCCAAGAAGCCAUCAGACGCAGUGGGCAGCCGGAGGAGGAGCUCAACAGGCUCAUGAAAUUUGACAUUCCCAACUUUGUCAACACAGACCAGAACUCCUCCUUUGGGGAAGACGAUCUCCUGAUAUCGGAACCACCUAUUGUUCUAGAAAAUAAGCCAGUUGCCCAGACCCCACACAAAGACUUGGAUUGAGAAGCAUGUUUUGUAAAGUGUAUACCUGAAGAGGCUGGUCUGUCUUUGUGUAGUACAAAAUCUCCAUUCACCAAAAUUGUGUGCGUUUGUGUAUGAGAGACAGAGACAGAGAGACCAAAAGGCAAAAUGACAGAGAAGAGAGCCCCCUGGGAAGAGAGCUGAUUCAGCUGUUUUUAUGCCCUCAAAACACAUAUGGGGCUUUUGGGAGGGGGAGAACCAAGUAGUUACACUGUCUCAUCUUCCUUGUUGUUGAAGAACUCGGCCGCAUACUCGGCAUCAUCACUCUUGAAUGGGGUUGACAUAUGGCCUUCCCGUCUGCCACUGCUAUGCUCUUAAUUAGUGAGUUGCUUUUUCUCUCUGGGCUGCCGUCUUUUUUACUGUAAGGAGAGGAGUAUGGAGUAGAUGAUUCGUCCCAACUCGAAUAAUUUGCCGAUUUAUGACUGUGUUUGGAUGAGGCUGGGAUAUACCCAAAGGAGUAUAAACUAGGGCACCGUAUCCUAGCUCUUGCUAUAAGAUCCUCCAGUUGACUUUCCAUUCAACCCUUAACUGAACCCAGCUUUUGUCAGGGGUUCCGGUGUCUAUCAGGAUGUCAGGAGACUCAUCUCUCAUGGUUUCUGUGGCCAACAUUUCUAUUGGUUGGGCUGAAAUGGCUCUUCUGAGACCCUUCAGCCACCCAUGCUCAAAGCUGAGGACAGCCCUGCCCCUCCUCUCCUGGGAUGAGUACCAAUCCACAAUACAUUAUGUGACAGUCUUGUUCCCAGAAACAUAUGGAAGGUCAUCAGCCGCGUGAGGAGAGGUGCCUUCUGUGUCUCUCUGUUGGUAUAACUGUGUCUGGUCACACUGCUAUAGUAUUGGCUAGUGAACAAGAAAAGCACUAUUUGCCAUGCUUUCUGUUCACUUGGCAGAUGUGUAGGUGAUGGUGCUGUGGCUUAUGUGUGGGCUUUGAGCUGGGAUGUUGAAUGAGUUAGAAUUACUCCAUAUGCAAAUAUUCAGAGUGGCCUGGCACAACCCAGAGCUGAUUCAUGAAUCAAAACUGCAUGUUGUUUUGGAAACAACUUGGUUUUGCAGUCAUGUGGCAUGCAUGGCCAGCUGCUAAUCUCUGGUUGGCGUUUUCAUUAUGGAUUUCAUUAUGUCUUGCUUAAGCUGAAAAAUAAAUGCAUUUAUUGCACCAGAA